UUUAACAAAAGGAUCCUUUUUUUUUAUCCCAAAAGUUUGAACCAAAACCUGCAGCAAAUGAAAUGCAUUAUAGCACAAAAACAACGUUUCUAGAUUUGCUCAAAUACAUUUAGUUGUUUUGGACCUACGCUUGAAAUAACCUUUAAUCAUGUCAAAGGAUGAAGCUUGCAAAGUCACAUCAGCUGGCAAACACAAAGAGCGAAAACCAAAGAAGCCACAUUACAUCCCCCGACCAUGGGGCAAACCCUACAACUACAAAUGCUUUCAGUGCCCCUUCACCUGCAUGGAGAAAUCCCAUCUGUACAACCACAUGAAGUACAGUCUCUGCAAGAACUCACUUUCUCUGCUCAUCGAGUCGGAUUGGCCAUACAAGAAGGGCAACAUCCUGCAUCCAGAUCAAUUGCGACCCUUUCAGCAAGCGCAUGGUCUGCAUACUACAGGGAAAGAUGAACUGGAGCAGGUAACGCAGACCGAUGAGAAGCAGGGGCAACAUAGGUCAGAGGAGGAGGACAGUGAGGGCAGAGAAACUCGGGGAGAAGGGGAUGAAGAAGAUGGAGGGCGACUGGACCGGGCAGAAGUUACUGGAAUGGUCAAACCAAGCUCCAACAACAGGAGGGUAGAGUCUCCAGAGGUUACAGCCAAAAGGAGCAAACAGCCAGAGUCAGAGUUGCUGAUGGCUGACAUGCUUUCUUUUGAAGACCAGCUGUUACGAGCCCGUUCUGCCGAGCUAGAGGCCCAGCUGAGACACUAUAAGCUGCCAAAGACAUGUCUAACAAGUCCUGCGCUCCUGUCGGAGCAGUGGCGGCUGUUUGCAUCCAGCAACGCUAAAACUAAAGAAGAAGGUGCUCAGCCACGAGUGAACGGCUCAAUCCCCUGUUACCCUCCCCCACCCAACCUGGUGGACUACCAGGAUCCCAGCGGACUCAACUUGUCUGUGUUAGGAGUAGGUUAUCCAAUUAGCCCAAGCCUGUUCUCCUACAUGAACUCAGCGAUUCCGGCUGCAGCUUCCAGUGUUGCCGCUCAGACCCACGCACAGUUCGCCCAGCUUCCCUUCCUGGCAUCAGCUGCUCAGCUGAUGCACCCGGCAUCCAGCUCCAAUCCUGACAGAGCCCUUAUUCCCCCUCGUCUCUAUUACCCCUUUCUGUGUGAGCACACUUUUGGACCAGUGAGCACCCAGGCUGAUGCCAGCAAAUCUCUAAAACACCCAUCAAGUGGUGCAGAUGCAAGCUCUGGAUUCCAGCCUAAAGUAGGUCUGUGGAAAGUUCCUGCUUUGAGGGCAGGAAACACAAUGUCCCCUGCUGGCUGGUUGUCACCUCAAAGAGACUCACCUGAUGAGGGCUACAGAGUGGGGGAUAAAAUACAAGCUGCAGCUAAGGAAGGCAAAGCUACCAGUGGUCUGAAGAGGACAGGAGGUCCCCUGAGAGGCCAUGAAGCGCCUGUAGAGAAGAAACAAGCAAUGGGUUUCACUUUGGACCUUUUAAGGAGCAUUCAGACUGCAUCAGCGGAGAAACUUCUUCUAAAAAGCAGUUUACAAGAUGCUCAGCUUCAGAACCGUCCAGAUGACCACUCGUUUGACAAGUCUCUCAUCAGUCCCAACAACGAAACGGUCUCUUUAUCCGCUGCUGCUGAAGCCACCAGCCAAGACUCUGCUGCGUCCAGGGCGCUCGAAGAAGGUGCUUCAGAAUCCGUGGCCGCUCUCCUCACUGAUCUCUCCAAGGCUCUGCAAGAAUAUCAGGAGGCAGAGCGCAAAAUCUCCCACCUGGAAAACGAGGACCAUCCUGCCCAGCAGCACCUAUGGGAGCACCUGAACAAAAUCCGCAAUGAGUUGUCGCACAUUCACCAGGCUCUGGAGCACACAGCCAGCCAAAGCGACGGACCUCUUGACCUGUCAGUGAAGAGGGAGUCGAUGGAGUCGCCUUGUGAGCAAACUAUGAGAGAAGAUGGCAAACAUAAGGCAAGCACUAGAGAGACGGAAGAGGAGGAUGAGGAGGUGGAGGAGAAUGAGGGGGAGAAGGAAGAGGAAGAAGAGAGCGAGAGGAGGCUGAUGAAGGCUUCGCUGGAGAAGCGUAAGCAGUCAUUAGACAUGCUGAUCAAGAUGAGUCAGUCAUCGGUCGUGAACAGUGAAGCCUUGCCUCCGAGCGGCCUAGGCCUGAGGUCAGCUGAGGCCUUGUGGCCCAGCAGAACCACAAAGUGUGAAGCGGAUUCCAGCGUUCUUGUCUGCCCCGAUGGCCGAUCAGUCGUGUUUACUGACAUACCUUCCUCCAUCAAACCUCCACAGAGACCCUCAUCCCUCCAGCGACUGGAAACACAGUGUCCUCCAAGUCCUCUGGCUACCCUGGAAAGCUAAACUUAAACCUACUGAACCUACUCCUGCAUUUGUUGUUUUCUUUAGAUCAGUUUGUCCUUCAACAAUCAUGCUGAGAGACAAUCUUGUAAAUGAAUAUGUAUA